UCAGUCUUCACCUUGGACCAGCUGCAGUGGUGCACAGUCUCUGACAAAGAGCUCUCCAAGUGCAGCGACAUGAGCAAGGCGUUCUCCAAGGCCAGGAUUCUCCCCUUGCUGACUUGUGUGAGGGGUGUCUCAGCCAGUGAUUGCAUGUCUAUGAUCAACGCACGUGUGGCAGAUGUAGCAGCCGUGGAUGGUGGCACCAUUUACCAGGCUGGGAAGGAAUACAAUCUGAAACCGGUGGUCGGCGAAGCCUAUGGCCAAGAUGUUGGUACCUCCUACUACGCUGUGGCUGUUGUGAGAGCCAAUUCCAACUUGACCAUCAACAGCUUGGGGGGGGGCAAGACAUGCCACACUGGCAUCAACAGAACCGUUGGCUGGAAUGUCCCGGUUGGCUUCCUUCUUGACAGUGGCCGGAUGGCAGUGAUGGGCUGCGAGAUUGCCAGAGCGGUUGGCAACUACUUCAGCGCAAGCUGUGUCCCUGGAGCCAGUGGGGAUGGCUACCCAGCAUCCCUCUGUGAGCUCUGUAAAGGAGGUGUCGACGGCCGGGGCAAAUGUGAGCCGAGUUCCAAAGAGGAAUACUAUGAUUACAUGGGUGCCUUCAGGUGUCUGGUGGAGGGGGCCGGCGAGGUGGCCUUUGUGAAGCACUCCACAGUAGCCGAAGCCACAGGCGGCCAGGCUCCUCCCUUCUGGGUCCAGCAGCUCCAGGCAGAUGACUUCCAGCUCCUCUGCCGGGACGGCAACAAGGCAGCGGUCACGGAGUGGAGGACCUGCCACCUGGCCCGUGUCCCUGCACAUGCCGUGGUGGCCAGAGAGGACACGGAUGGGAGCCUGGUCUUCCAGUUGCUGAGCCAGGGGCAGCAAAGGUUUAAUGCGGAAGGCUCCGAUUUCCAGAUGUUUAGCUCUUCAGCCUAUGAUGGGAAGAAUCUUCUCUUCAAAGACUCUACCACAGAGCUGGUUCCCAUUAUGGAACAGACUUACCAGGCCUGGCUGGGGGAGGAAUAUCUGCAUGCCAUGCGAGGCUUGGACUGUGACCCUACAAGGUUGCCUCCUUUUCUGCGCUGGUGUGUUUUGUCUACUGAGGAGAUCUGGAAAUGCAGUGCAAUGGCCAAGGCCUUUAAGGGCAAGAACCUGAAGCCAGAAAUCCAGUGUGUCUCAGCAGAGAGUCCAGAGCAGUGCAUGAAGGGGAUCCAGAAAAGAGACAUUGAUGUUGUGUCUCUGGCUGGAGAGGAUAUUUACAUGGCAGGGGAAACAUACGGCUUGGCUCCUGCUGCUGGGGAACAUUAUGCAGACAAGGACACCGCAAGCACGUAUUAUGCCGUAGCUGUCGUGAGGAGGGCAGUUGCCGACGCCUUCACCAUCUACGAGCUCAAAGGGAAGAAGUCCUGCCACACCGGCUAUGGGAGGAUGGCUGGAUGGAACCUUCCUGUUGGCUUCCUCUUGAGAAAGGGGCUUAUGCAGCCUCAGGGCUGCAGCGUUCUCAAAGCGGCGAGUGCCUUUUUCUCUGCCAGCUGUGCCCCUUCUGCCAAGAUAGAGGACUACCCCGCCAACCUCUGUGAGCUCUGCGUGGGCGAUGGCAAGGGAAACGGCAAGUGCAGCGCCAGCAGCCAGGAGCUCUAUUAUGGCUACACUGGAGCCUUCAGGUGUUUAGCUGAGAGUCGUGGUGAUGUGGCCUUUGUCAAGCACACAACAGUCUUUGAAAACACCGAAGGGAACAACAUCGACUCCUGGGCCUCCCACCUCCGGUCUGGGGAUUUCCAGCUCUUGUGUCCAAAUGGUGCCCGUGCUGAAGUUAGCCAGUUUGCCAACUGUCACUGGGGCCAGGUGCCUCCUCGGGCCAUCAUGGUCCACCCGGACACCAAUCCUUUGGCGGUAUAUGGACUUUUGGACAAGGCUCAGGAUUUCUUUGGUGAUGACAACAAUAGAAAUGGAUUCAAAAUGUUCAAUUCCACAGACUUCCAAGGACAAGAUUUAAUCUUCAAGGAUUCCACUGUUGCAAUUGUGCCUGCUGCAGAGAGCAGAACUUCCUCAUCCUGGCUGGGGCAGCAAAUCCUGGAGUCCCUGGAAGGCUUGAGGUCUUCCCAGUGCUCAGGUGCCGCUGCCGCGUCCAUGAAUUUCUUUCUCCUGCUGAUACAAGCCUUGGUCUUGCUAGAUGCUACUCUCCAUGAUCCAUAGAGUGGAUGCCAACAUGCAGCGAAGCAAAAUG